GCAACAGGCAUGCUGCCCUCGGAGGAGGGGCUAUGAGCUGGUGCGCUACGAUAAAUGAAGGGAUCAUGUUCGUGCACUCCAAACCAAUGUUGCGGAAAAGUAGCCUGACUGUGUGGAGAUUAUGGAGGUCAUGGAAAUUAAGCCUGAACUGGUCUGCAGUUAGAGCAUCCUCUGGUCCUGGUGCCUCAGACAGAUCUGAAGAAAUGUCACCCGUUUCCACUGAAAAGCCUCCUCACAUACCUGUCAUGCUCAAAGAGGUGCUUCAUUAUUUAGACCUCCAGCCUGGUCAGGUGGUCCUGGACAUGACAUUUGGAGGCGGCGGCCAUAGCAAAGCGAUUCUAAACACGGCUCCUGAAGUCACAGUCCUGGCCUUGGACCGAGACCCGACAGCAUAUUCUCUGGCCCGGCAGUUAGCGAAGGAGCACCCUGGUCGUGUGAAACCAUUGCUCGGCCGAUUCAGUGAGCUUGAGGUCCCGCUGUCUAACGUGAACAUUCAGCCAGGCAGCAUUGAUGCUGUCCUGGUGGACGCUGGCUGCUCCUCCAUGCAGAUGGACCAGGCAGAGAGAGGCUUCUCCCUGAGCAGAGAUGGGCCCUUGGAUAUGAGAAUGGAUGGAGCGAGGUACCUCGACAUGCCCUGCGCUGCUGACGUCGUGAAUACCUUGGAUCAACAGGCUCUUGCAUCUAUCCUCACUGCAUAUGGGGAAGAGAGAUGCGCCAGGAAAAUAGCUUCAGCCAUUGUGAAGGCACGCCGUGUCAACCCCAUCACCAGGACACAGCAGCUGGCCAGCGUGGUGGCAGGAUCGUUUCCCGCCGCCGUCGCCACCGCGCGCACAGAUCGUCUCCACAGGCCGGCGCACGUGGCCACGAAGACGUUCCAAGCCUUGCGCAUCUUCGUGAAUGACGAGCUGAACGAACUCCUCGCGGGCCUGCGCGCCGCCCGGACGCUGCUGAGACCCGGAGGACGUCUGUGCGUGAUCACCUUUCACUCGCUGGAAGACAGACUGGUCAAACGUUUCCUCAAGGGGGAGGAUUUGUCCAAGCUAGACCACUUCAGCCCGCGCAAGGAAAGCAAGAGGAGGGAGGAGAAAGUGGGGGAUGGAGAAGGAGACGGCGGAAGUGCUGAUUGGCUUCCUCUGCGAAGGAAAGUCAUCACCCCAGAAAAGGACGACGUGAAUGAGAAUCCUCGAGGACGCUCCGCGAAACUCAGGGCGGCGCUCCGAUGUUGAUGCUGACGGUGGUGUAAAGUGGUCACAAUGAUCACGACUGUCUUGUUUUUGUUGGUGGGAAGCCAGUAAAGUUUGCUGUCCUCUUUUAUGCA